GCAUACUGCAACACACACGGAACAGACAGCACAUCUCAGCUGCACAUCUCUGCCACACAUUUUUCUCUUCGACUGCAAACCUAAAAGCGAUCUCAAAAGAUGUCUCCACAGGCAAACAUCGAACCCACAAUCGUCUCAAAGACCCAACACUAUCUGAAGGUGAAGAAGCCACUGCUGGAACGUCAGCGUCGUGCCCGCAUGAACAAGUGCCUGGACACGCUUAAGACUUUGGUGGCCGAGUUCCAGGGCGACGAUGCCAUACUGCGCCUGGACAAGGCCGAGAUGCUGGAGGCGGCACUUGUCUUCAUGCGCAAACAGGUGGUACAGCAACAGGCGCCCGUGUCACCACUACCAAUGAAUAGCUUUCGGAAUGGCUACAUGAACGCCGUCAGUGAGAUCUCCCGUGUUAUGGCCUGCAACUCGACUAUGAGUGUGGACAUUGGAAAGACGGUGAUGACACAUCUGGGCGUUGAGUUCCAGCGCAUGCUGCAGUCCGAUCAGCAUCAUGAGACCCAAUUGGAAUCCUCUAUACGUCCUGCCAGCCCAGCCUCUUCGGGUUAUCACAGCGAUGUGGAGGAGUCCGAGGCGGCUGCCAGCCCCAAGACAGACAGCAUGUGGCGGCCCUGGUAAAGCAGCAGCGACUUCCCAUUAAGGUUUACGACUUCAAAUCCUGUGGUUUCCCAUCGACGACUUUGACUACGACUACGAAUCCUGAGUCUUCCAAACAACGACAACAACGAAUCAUGUCUUCCAAAUGUUGUGUUCAAACUGUGAUAAAAGCUUUAUUUAGUACUUAAGCACACACCCAAGCUUUACUUAUAAAUUAAAUAAACAGCAAGCUUUACUAUUGAUAAGAAAAAAGAAACAAUCAGCGAAGACUUAGUUCAUAAGACAACCACAACAACAGCUUUAAAAGUUAUAUAAUAAACAAAAAAACUCAA